CUCGCACCCCGCGAAUACUCUUCUCUUCCCUUCUCUUCUCUUCUCUUCUCCGCACAGCAUCACUGCCUCCGGCCGUCUCGAGCAAACCAAACCAAAAUCUCCUGAGUUGUCUCGCUCGCCUCAUCAAUCCUUGGCGUCGCUAGCUUCAUCUGGAGGCGAGGAGGCGGACGGUUUGAACCCGAUCAUGGAUAUGGCGCACGAGAGGGACUCGAGCAGCGAGGAGGAGGUGAUGGCCGGCGACCUCCGCCGCGGGCCGUGGACGGUGGAGGAGGACAUCGUGCUCGUCAACUACAUCGCCGCUCACGGCGAGGGCCGCUGGAACUCGCUCGCCCGAUCAGCAGGUCUGAAGCGCACCGGCAAGAGCUGCCGCCUCAGGUGGCUCAACUACCUCCGCCCCGACCUCCGGCGCGGCAGCAUCACCCCGCAGGAGCAGCUGCUCAUCCUCGAGCUGCACUCGCGGUGGGGCAACCGCUGGUCCAAGAUCGCGCAGCACCUCCCCGGGCGCACCGACAACGAGAUCAAGAACUACUGGCGCACGCGCGUGCAGAAGCACGCCAAGCAGCUCAAGUGCGACGUCAACAGCCAGCAGUUCAAGGACGUCAUGCGCUACCUCUGGAUGCCCCGCCUCGUCGAGCGCAUCCAGGCCGCCGCCACGGCCGACGCGGUGCAGGCCGCCGCUGACACGCCCCUGUCGUGGCAGCACGGCGCCGACGACGCUCUCUACGAGUCACCGGAGCUCCCUGUCGACGCGUGCUGGCCAGCGGAGUACGCCGCCGUGGCCGGCGGGCAGCUGCCCAACGCCUCGGUCGCGGAGCUGUCGAGCACUACUACCGCCGGCUCUUCCUCGCCGUCCACCACGGACUCUGGCGCCGGCGCCCAGCCCAGCUGGCCUGCAGCAGUCGACGGUGCCGAGUGGUUCACCACCGCCUGCGACGCCUCCAGCGCCGCCGCCACCAUAUGCGACACGGACCAGCUGAUCCAGCAGCAGGCACCGUCCCAGCCCGCGGGUGCGUGGACGUCCGAGCCGCUGCCGAGCCUCGGGUUCCCCGAGCUGGGCGUCGCGGACUUCGAGAUGGGCAGCUUCGACGUAGACAGCAUCUGGAGCAUGGACGACUUGUGGAACACGCAGCCGCAGUUCGUGUGAAAAGUCAAGACGGUGGCAUGGAAAUCCUCAGCUGCGACGGUGCCCGCGGGGGGGCGUGCGGCCUCCGGGUCCGGGGACGCGUAGCAGAUCCAGCGGAGGGAAACGGAUUAGAAGAAGAAGGAGAGGAACCACCUGGGACUGGGAGGAUUAAAACAAGACUAAUUUACCCUGCACGUGAAGAUCUCCCGGCCUGUUCUGCUCCAGUUCUGCGCCGUCUUGUCUCCUGUGUUAAUUUAUUACUACGUACAAGGGUAAACAGAUACGUAAAAGUGUAGCAGAAGCAGAUGAUCUACUAGUGUUAGCUGUGCCGCCGUUAAUUAUGCUAUGUUCCGUUUAAUCUUACUCAUUCUUUUCGAGUGAUUACUACUACAUAUAUAAGUAUAAAGGAGGAAGUACUAGUAUAUGAAGUGAACUGUUGAUAGGAACUGUAGUUUCUAGAAGUGGUAAUAAAAGCAAUGCUCCGAC